UGAUCGUCAUUCACACCACCACUCUAAGCCCUAACUUUUAUUUUGUGACAUACUGUAGUGACAUUAUUUCUUUCUUGCUCCACUAAGAUCAGCUUUUUUUUCUCCACGGGCGAUCCUUUUCGCAGUUCCCCAUAGAUCCACUUCGAUUCGGUCAGCAAAAUGCCAGACAGACGGUGUGCAACAACAGCGCCGCAAUCAGCGAAAUCCAGCUCAAGCGCGCGCACACGCGCACACACAUACACACAGAGAGACACACACCUUACGCAGUCUCAGAGUACCAUAUAGCCACAUAGUAGCGGUCCACUCUCUCUCUCUCCCUCUUCCUCGUCCUCAACGCAUAUCUCAUUGGAGCACAGCGCUAUAGGAUAAUACACGCGCUCCCUCGAUAGCAACACUAUUGGAAGCACCGUCUUUUACGAUAUUUUCCUGCUGUCUCCCUAAUCUAUGACGCGACCAGUUUGAAAUUCAGAAUACAGAUUCAGUUUUAAAAUUUAAAGUAAGGCUCCAUUUUUUUACCACCACAAAUAUUUAAAAUAGAGGGGAGAACCGCGGGAUUCCGGCGCAUUUUCAUUCGCCAUGGCUUUACUGCAGCGGGAGAGGAGGAGAGCCCCGUUCGUUUCUCUGUUGCUCGCCUUUCUCGGAGUCUGCUUGGCGUUCACCCCUAAUAAGGCCGAAGAGGAGGAUUAUGAGGACGUUCCCAUAAAUAAAACCUGGGUUUUAUCACCUAAGGUCGUCGAGAGCGAUGUCACCUCCAUCCUAAAUAAAUUACUGCUGGGCUACGACAACAAACUGCGCCCGGAUAUCGGAGAUAAACCCACAGUGAUUGAAACUGCCGUGUAUGUGAACAGCAUCGGGCCUGUGGACCCCAUUAACAUGGAGUACACCAUCGACAUCUUCUUCGCUCAGACGUGGUACGACAGCCGUCUGAAGUUCAACAGCACCAUGAAGCUGCUGAUGCUCAACAGCAACAUGGUGGGCAAGAUCUGGAUCCCUGACACCUUCUUCCGCAACUCCCGCAAGUCCGACGCCCACUGGAUCACAACGCCCAAUCGCCUGCUCCGACUCUGGAGCAAUGGGCGGGUGAUGUACACGCUAAGGUUGACUAUUAAUGCGGAAUGCUACCUAAAGCUGCAUAACUUUCCCAUGGACGAACACUCCUGCCCUCUGGAGUUCUCCAGCUAUGGCUACCCUAAGAAUGAGAUUAUGUACCGCUGGCAGCGUCGGUCUGUGGAGGUAGCAGAUCAGCGUUAUUGGAGGCUCUACCAGUUUGCUUUUGUGGGACUGCGCAACUCCACCGACGUUGCACACACACAGUCAGGAGAGUAUGUGAUCAUGACCAUCUUUUUCGAGCUGAGCCGAAGGAUGGGAUAUUUCACCAUCCAGACCUACAUUCCCUGCAGUAUGAUUGUAGUGCUCUCCUGGGUCUCCUUCUGGAUCAACAAAGAUGCUGUACCAGCAAGAACUUCACUUGGUAUCACUACUGUGCUCACCAUGACAACCCUAAGCACCAUCUCCAGGAAGUCAUUGCCAAAGGUGUCGUACGUGACAGCCAUGGAUCUCUUUGUAUCCGUCUGCUUCAUCUUCACCUUUGCCGCUCUGAUGGAGUAUGGGACCCUUCAUUACUUCACCAGCAACCGGCAGAGCAAGAAAGCCAAACCUCAGCAGACACACAAAUCCAGCAUGGUGAACAUCAGGCCAGGCACGUCCCUGCUACAGUUGAACAACAUUGCCCCAUAUGACGACGACGACGAUGAUUACGCCUAUGAGUGCCUGGAUGGGAAAGACUGCACCAGUUUCUUCUGUUGCUUUGACGACUGUCGCUCAGGGGGGUGGCGAGAGAACAGGAUGCAUGUGCACGUCUCCAAAAUCGACAUCUAUUCCAGAAUAUUCUUCCCCACCGCGUUCGGCCUCUUCAAUCUUGUUUACUGGGUCGGGUACCUGUACUUAUAAAGAAGUUGACUUCUUUAAGGAAACUGUAGCAUAGAGUGUGAAUGGGUGUGACAGAAACAAGGGGAUAUGUGAUUUUAUAAAGAAAGAAACAUAAAUGUUAAGUAUAAUUUCUAAAUUGCCAACCCUCUAUUCUUGGCUCUUGGCAACACAGACACACACAGAAGCGUGUUUAACUCUUUGUUGUUGUUUGUUCACAUGGAAUUAACUAGCAGGUAAUAGCUGUUAAUUAAAUCAAACCUGAUGCAAGGAGUGGGGAAGUUCACCCAGUUCUGUGUGAGGAUAUGUGUGUGAGUGAGGGAAAGGUACAGUAUAGUACACAGAUUCACAUGUGGCUGGGUUUAUACUCUGUUGAGUAUUAUGUCGCUGCAAUUAGCCAUAAAAGCCUGAGGAAAUGGCAAAACAGAUAAUUCGAUUUUUCUAACGAUAAUUAAGUUGCAGUAAGGAAAAGGCACAAGAUCCUUUGAGCUGAAUUUUUUUUGACAUUUUCACACUUUUACUUAAAUAUUUUGUAUUUCUCUGAGACACAUGUUUUGUGGAUGAAACAGAGGAGUUUGACUAUUCUGGAAAAUGGUCAAGUAUUAUUUUAGUAAUGGGUGCAAUAAUAGUAAUAGUAUUAAAAAAAAAAAGAUUUUGGAACCUGAAGUAGAAUUUAUGAUCGUCAGGUAAUAGAGUUGUAUGCCUUUCGUCACAGAGUAUAAACCCACAUUUAAGGUUACACUUUCUACAAUUUUGUUUGUUACUUGAUAGUUAUUCAAGAAUUUUGCUAUACUGUUGACAUGACUUCCAAAUUGUCAUUUGCAAGCUAUGCACGAAUGACAAACAUGCUAAUACAAUGGCAAUUACCACAAAGUAUGUGUAAUUACCAUAUAGCUACGCAUUUAUUACAUAGUAAUGUAAAGAAAGAGUAACCAUAGACUGCUUCUACAAGGGAUGUGAGCUAUUUCUGAAGGAAUUGCAAGAGUUGCACCUUGUACUGGAAUAUUCUAGUGAAGAUACGAACUUUGAAAUAUGUACCAUCAUUUACAAGAGCAAAGUUUGGGAAACUAGAUGUUGGAAAGAACCACAUUAUAAUCUCUAGAUUAGCUGAAAUCCAGGAUUUGUUGCCUGUAAUGGAGCUUACAUUCAGAAGGCAAGUGUUCGCCUGACUCCCCAUAGGGUUUAAUAGAUUUAGAAUCAGUUUAUAUGAGUUGGUUUUUAAAAUGUUAGAUUUAUUCACUCAAAGAUACUUAAAAAAAAAAGUAUGUCGCUAGAACAUUUACAGACGAAUCGACACCGUUGUUGAAUGCGUUUGUUUUCCCUCUUAUCUUUAUUUUUGUUGUGAGAUUGGCCAUCCUCAACGGUGGGCAGUUUCUUUGUUUUUGUUUUCUCCGUGCACCAUCCACUCUCAAAAGCCCUUGAUGGGGGACACGACCUCAGAGGCGGGGGUCGGUGGGCUAGCAGAAGGUUGUCCCCUGCGCAUACUGAACAGAAGUGUGGAAUAAACAGAAAUGCGCUAGCGCUGUUAAUCACAGGCAGGGAUGUAAUCUACCAAACCAAACAAGCAGCGCAGCAAAAGUGCUGGGCUCAUCCGAAUGCAGACAGCUGCGACAUCGUUUCCCGGUCCAAUCUCCUUUUGUACAAGACGAAAUCCUGCAGUCACACCUGACGCUUUAUUUAUAUUGCUUUUUUUUAAGUACUGGUGUGGACUAUCUUGUAAACGCAUUAUGUGCUUUAUUCAAAACGAUCACAGAAUCGCUCUUAAGCCAUGCUGCAUGGGCAGAACUAGGUAGUCCAGAGGAGCAUUUGCGUAGUAAAAGGGUAGUUUAUACCCGAAUAGAGCAGAGUAGAGUAGAGUUGAAAACUAGAAUAGUGUAGAGAACCAGCAUUUAAAAAUGUAAGCCAUCAAUGCUUUGAAAUAAUAAGCCUCACCUUACAGGGCCAAAUACCUGCACAGAGCAACAAACACCAACUUGCCUACUUUGACUGCUUCCACUAAAAAAGAUUAUUAUACGAGAGUAUAUAUAUAAGAGCUAUAGUAUAUUCAUGUGUAAAUAAAUAACAAGAACAAUCUUCAGUGUAGAAUAGAGCGCGUCUGCUGUGCAUACACUUUCCGUAGCCUGUUUUGUUUCAUAUGCGUCUUCUUCCCAGGAAGUUCCUGGAGGUCGCCCUGUGCUGGCGAGGGAGAGCGCUCCUCUAAUGAUGUGAUUCAUUUCUCCUUAAAGCACACAGCUCCGAGGGUAUUGAGGGUAUGUGUGUGUGCGCACGUGUGUGUGUCUGUGUGUGCGCGUGUGUGUGUGUGUGUGUCCCUCCAUGGGCCCUUUGGGAAAUGUGUGUGCUAGCCUCCAGAUGAGGAGAUGUUGAGCUUCUGUGAUGGCAGAAAGCAGCUCUGGGAGAGAGGGAGCGCUUGUGUGUGUAUGUGUGUAUGUGUGUGUGCAUGUGUAUUUGCGAAAAGGAAAGGAUAGAUGAAAACACAGAGAUCAUACAACAUCACUGACAGUAUGUGUCAGGAUGUAUGUGUGUACUUACAUUUAUUUGAGGGGGAGGUUUUGUAUAUGGCUAGGUCUUGAGGAUCACCAUAUAUAUAUAUAUAUAUAUAUAUAUAUAUAUAUAUAUGUGUGUGUGUGUGUGUGUGUGUGUGUGUAUGUGAAUGUAUCUGAAUGCAAUGUACUUGUGUGGGCUCUCGCCAGCAGCAAGGGAUACAUUAGCCGGCGUAACGGCUCUUUGCCAUGCCUGCCGACUCGCGUCCCUGAUUAAGCUUUCAUCUGGUUUGCGCGGUUAGUGGCGGGGAGGCGACGCUGAGCGUGACUCUCUGGGCCUCCCUGCCCCUCUCCACUCCUUCUCCAUCUACUCUUCCACCUCCUCCUCCAACACACAGCAGCUGUUUUGCCUGCACUGAUCACACAGAAAUCAGACUGGAGCUCUGCUCUUCAAAAACCCUCUACCCCUGCACUGAUUUGAAACGGUUUCUGGUGCAGGGAGCAGACAUCACAACAUCAUUUCACCUCUGAUUUCUUCGCUGGUGGCUGUUAUUUGUUAGUUUAGCCGCACAGAGUCCACGCAUGUACCUUUAGAGCACAAAACCAAAUGGCUAAAAGUAUUGUUUUAGCUUGUAUGGGUUUAAAGUACACCCUUGGGAAUCUUGAGUGUGUUCAAGGUGCUGUGGGAGCUUUUGAGAUGAACAGAUCCUUCUUCUUCAUAAAUAGGGCUUAAACGGGGAGACAUCAAAGAGCCAACUUUUUUUGUCAUAAGCGCGUUAGAUGAAUGAACGGAUAUACGACUUUUUAUCACGCACUGUUUUCUUGCGAUACUCAGACAGAGAAGAAUCCCUUAGAUGGGGAAAUAAGUAAUGCUCCUUUAUCUCUCCCUCAAAGAGCCGUCCCGCGGCGAGGGUCUCGGACGUCUACGCUCACAUUCUUGGGACGACAUUAGCGCUUUUGGAAAGUACAAUGAGGAGAGGCUUGAUCUGAAACUGUUUGGCAACAGACGCGCACAGACUUGCAGUAGUUCUUUUGGUCUUUUGUUUACUUUCAUGUAGCUGAAGCUUUUGAGCAGGUCUGGGAUCACGUCAGGCGUUUAUUCACACCUGCCCCAAAUCCUGUCCCAGAUGUAGACCUGAGACUUAUUUGUCAAGAUGGCAGUAUACUUGAAAUUGGGGAUGCGUACACAAAGUGUGACAAUUCGCUGUUGCAUCGUCUCUGGUCAACUGAAAACACCCUAAUUGAAUUCCAAUGGGUCAGAUUCUUCAUGUUGUCUCAAAAGAUGUCAUUGAUGGAGUAUUGCAUGGCCUGCAUUAAAAGCUUGCCUUUAGAUCGCAGAAUUUACCAUUAGACAGAGUGAUGUCUCAGAUCUAGCAGGACUGGAGUCGUAAUACACUGCUUUUUUGCAAAGCGUAUACUAAGACCUUAUUUUAGCUCUUUACUGUUAAUGACCUGUUUUUCUGUUAAUCUCGCUUUCUCUCUCUUUACAUUCCAUCCAGCUUGUCUCCAUGUUGGUUCUGUGCUUCCCUCAAGUUCUUUUGUAAAAUGUGUAACUGUACAGAUUAAUUCUAUGUGCUGUAAUCCCAUUAAACAGGCUCUAUAUUUCUCAUGUCACAGAGUAUGUACACAAGUAUAUACUGCACACACACACACACACACACACACACAGACACACACACACACACACACACACACACACACAAAUACAUACUAACACAGCAAAAAUGCUGACUUUGCUGAGUCGAUGCUGCAUUCCCAGAAGAUGUUGUGCUAUGGCCAUUGUUAAAGGAUAGAGAGACAAUCAUUUUCAACACUCUCUCUUAGUUGAUCAUAGUGUAACGAUGGUUAUAGCCUAAUGAUGCUUCUGGGAAAUGCAGUUCUGGGUUGUAUAGAGAACAGGGUCAAAUAUUGUACUUGACUAAUGAGACAUCCAAGUACAGGUAUGGGAUAAUUAGCAGUAUGUUUGUAUGUAAAAGUAUGCCCUAUGGUUUCUUAACCAUCUAGUUGGGUAAAUUCUCUGCAGUUCUUGAUUGGGUGGUAUAUUUUUUAAGAAUCACUGCAAUAAGCAUCAAAACAGAUCAUUUUAAUGUUUGUGUUUUGUCUGCAGUCUCAUAUAUCUCUCAAUAUAAAACACAAGAUAAAGUAGCUGCUGAUUUAUAAUUGAAAUAUGUGUAUUUGACCCUGGUCUGGUCAAGUCAUGCAUAUUUGACGCUGUUCUGCUUCACUGAAAAGAAUGCAUGUUUGAAUCUAGUCUUUUUUCGAACUGUCCUCUGGCUAUGUUCUCUCUGAACCCUUUCUUACAUCCUCAAUGUAGUGUAGUGACCCUCCCCUCUCUCUCUCUCUCUCUAUUCAUCUCUCUCUGUCUCUCUCUCUCUGUCUCUCUCUCAGAGCCAUAUUGUCCUGCUCUUUCAGAUGUUUCGUGUUCUGUACAAAUGAACUCAUAACACUGUGAGCCAAUAAAACAGUGCCUGAAAAAAGA